AUGGAACCCACAACAGAAGUGAGCGAGCGGACCCCAUUGAUACGUGCAGUGCCGACCGAAAGCGUAUCAGCAGCGCUCGCCGACGAUGAAGUGUUAGCGACACCCUUUGAAGAGCCACUCAAGCACGAUGCCAUCUACAACCGCUUUUCGCCUGCGAGGAAAAAAGUCAUCAUUACACUCAUCGCAUGGUCCGGGCUCAUCCCUUUCUUCGUAUCAGGAACAUUCAUUCCAUCCAUCCCACAAAUAGCCCUCGACCUACACUCGACGGGGGAAAUCAUCAGUUACGCGGUCAGCAUAUCAAUAUUCGCAAUAGGCGUUGGGAGUUUGUUCUGGGCGACGCAUUCCAGCUACUAUGGUCGCCGACCCAUCUAUUUGAUUGGGUUGCCUCUCCUUGUGGUUGGAUCGACGGCUGUCGGUCUGUCAAAUGAUAUCCCACACCUCAUGGCCUGGCGAUUUUUACAGGCCUUUGCUUGUUCAGGCGGCGUGUCCGUCGGCGCGGCGGUUAUUGGCGACAUAUACAAGCUGGAGGAGCGCGGUGGCGCCAUGGGGAUAUUCUUCGCCGCGAUGCUACUUGGGCCAGCUCUGGCUCCUCUUGCUGGCGGGGUUGCUGCACAUUAUGCGUCCUGGCGUGUUAUGCAGUACAUUCUAGCACUCGCGGCGGCUAUCGAUUUCGUGAUGAUGUACUUUUUGUUCCCAGAAACCAGCCACCCGGGGACUCGGGGCAUAGACAAACGAGAAUUUGCGGAAGAGAGUGCCAAAGGGAUGAAAUAUAAAAUUCUCAACCCCUUCGCAAGCUUACGGCUGCUGAGAAGCCCAAAUUUGUUGGCUAUAACUAUGUCAGGGUUUGCUGUCCUGUACUCUGACUUUGCACUCCUCACACCACUCGCCUAUACAAUCGGUGCCCGAUACGGGAUCACCAAUGAAGCUCUUAUCGGCCUUUGUUUCGUGCCCUGCGGUGUGGGCAACUGCAUCGGCGCUCCUCUUGGUGGUCGAAUAUCAGAUUAUGUUGUUGCUAAACGGCGCAAGGCGCGUGGUGGCAUAUGGUGUCCCGAGGAUCGGCUUCGCGUGACUCUGGUCGCUGCUGGACUGCUGGCCCCUCUCUCCGUCCUCGCUGCUGGUUUCAUAACGGAGUAUGUCUCUGGAACGGUGGGCUUAGUCCUCAAUUUAAUCUGCCUGUUCAUCAACGGCCUUGGGGUAGACAUGGUGCUGAGUCCAUCAGCAUCAUAUAUCGUCGACAUCAUGCAUGACAAGAGCGCCGAAAGCAUGGCUGUGAACAAUGGGUUCCGUUCCCUUAUCAUGGCCGUCGCGAUCGCAGGUGUCUUUCCAAUGAUCGGUGCGUUCGGGGUUGCAAAGACCUAUACCGCCGUUGCACUACUUGCUUGGGUUGGAUUCGGCAUUCUGUGGGCGACGGUGCGAUACGGUGAUCGAAUGAGGGCGUGGGUUGAUAUGGGGUAUUCAACGGCUAGCUCCAACUAG